GCCCUACCUGGUUUUGAUUCUUUCCAAGAUAUCAUAUCUCACGCGCACUCUCUCAAACACUACUUCUCUUCCCAUUUAAAUAUUUCUAUUUUCUUUUCUCACAACACAAAUUCCUCUCAAUUCUUCUUCUCCCAUUUUUCCCUUUCUUUUCUGCAAUUUUCAGUUUUGAUUUUGAGUUUGUUGAGGUUUAGGUGGGAUUAAUUUUGUUGAGAAAAAAAAGAAAAACAAGGAAAAAUGACAAGUUCAAUUCCAAACAUGGCUACUAUCACAGCCUCUCUUGAGAGAUCUCUGCAGAACUGCUCCUUGAACCAGCAGCACACCACCUCCAGCAGCAGCAGCAGCAGCGGCGGCGGCGGAGGAGGCGCGGCGGCGGCGGUGGAGUUGAAUUCCGAAGGCUCAUCGCUUCCUUUCCAUUGGGAGCAAUGCCUUGAUUUAAAGACUGGUGAACUAUACUACAUAAACUGGAGGACCGGCAUGAGGGCCACGGAGGAUCCCCGGACAGCAGCAGCAGCCGAGUACGUCGACGACUGCUCCUCGGAGGAGGAGGACAGCAGCUCGUACGACAGCGAUGGGUCGUCGUUGGAAUCGUCCCCAUGCUCCUCAAGAGAGCAAUGGAGUGAUAAAAGUAAUCAAGAAAAUUGUUACUAUGAUGAUGAAGAAAGGAAUAACAACAACAGCAACAUCAACAGCAACAAUAGUAAUAAUGUGUUGGUGGUUGCUGGUUGCAAGAGCUGCCUAAUGUACUACAUGGUGCCCAAACAGCUUGAAAUUUGCCCCAAAUGUUGUGGUCAACUUCUCCACUUUGAUCGAUCUGAAAAUGCCUCUUCUUGAAUUCUCUCUUUCUCUCUCUCUCUCUAUUUUCGAUUUGGUGGAGUGUUUGGUGUUGGAUGUUGAUGUGGGGAGUGGAGUUUCUUGAUAUAAGACAAAAAGAAUUCUCAUUCUUGUUUCAAAUUGUUCCAUCUUUUUUUUUUUGCUUCUCUAUUGCUAUGUAAUUUAUUGUAUUCAUUGUUUUUGGUUUUGAUUUCCUGCAUUUAUGAGUUUUUGAUGAUUCAGUCAUUUUUUAUAUCUUUUUCAUGCACUCAAAAGGGGGUAUUUGUACUAAGAUGGUUUGGUGUUGAAGAUUUUUUUACGUACAAAAAUGUGAGAUCUUUGGCUUCUCCAUA